UCAGCCUUAGGAGUUGACAGUCCGGUCCAUGGCAUAGAUUGCCUUUCUCACAGGGAAAGGAAACAGAGGAAGAAACGAUUCAAGCUGAGAUGAACGACAGGCUGACCAACUGACCCAGCUGGGAGCACGAUUACAAGAGCAUCCUUCAGAGGAAUUCGAUGAUGUGUACAACAAAUGGCAAUAUUUCAGCGGUAUGAUACGCCCAUGCGACGAGCUGUGUGGAUGUUGUGAUGUACGGUGAACGAUCCAGGCAACCACAAACAUACAUCCGAAUUCAGAAAACCGGUUGAUUUGGCUGGAGGAACGCAUACUUUACCACUGAUCUCUGGAUUAAAAUAAAUGUCGUUGCAGAAUCUAGAAAGUAAUUAGGUGGAUAUUAUUAUUACCAUUAUAGUUAUUAAUAUUAUUAUUAGUAGUAGUAGUAGUAGUAUUGUCAUUGUAAAGAUGGUGGACACAUCUUUUGUUGGCUUUUAUUUGGGCAACAUAAACAUAUUAUGGAGAAUUUCGUCGCCUAAUCGCUACGACCUGGAUAAAAGUCACCUCUAUGCAAGCCAUCCGCAUCACUCUCAUUCUUCAUAGAAAUAUAUCAAUAUCGCUGUAUCAUAAUAAUCAAAUACCAAGCCGAAGUUUUGUUCAGCUUGUCAUACAUUUCUAUUUAUAUACGCAUCUGACUCCCGCUUGAUGAUUCAACUGCUCUAUGAAAAUAAAAUGUCUACUGUUAAAAUGACAAUUAUGGAAAAUGAGGACGAAAUGAUCGAAGUAAGCACUUGCACAUGCGGUUCAUAGAAAUAACACGAACCGACAGUCGCUUUGGCUUAUGACGUGGAUUUAAUUGCAAACUGUAGACUUGUAGUGGCUAUAGAAACGUUAUCGAUUAAAUAUUAAUACGCCGAAUAUAUGCCUUUCCCGAUGUGCAAAGCGAUAAAUAUGUGGCGUACAUUAUGUAUGUCGAUUAAAGCUAAUGACAGCCACGGCUCUGCCAUCUCUCUGUUGUGAUUCUCAUCUUAAAAUGGACGCGCACUUUCAUUGAACUGUCUUAUAGCGUUCGCAAUGUUUCGAAUUUAUACAACACAAGAGACACGUAAAGUGAAUAUCACAAAUGUGCAAAUAAUUGUGGAUAUUUUGAGAUCGCGAGCUGGUGCAUCUCUGUGAGCCAAUCAGAGCUGAAUGUUUGAGGAUGCCUUAAGGCUUAAGCCUGCGCAUGCAUGUGUUUAAGGCUAUGAAUAUUCAUUAACAUUCAUUGCAAAAAAAGUUUAACAUCGAGGUACGUUUACAAAUAUGAGAGUUUUACAUGGAUUAGAGGUUAAGACAACAUUCCAGUGCAAGCUAUUUAGGUAGAACCUAACCCCUACUAGAACAUGAUGAUGUGUGAUGUAAGGCAAAUUAUCAGAAGACCCAUCUAGUUACUGUAUUAUCUUUAGUAAUAUUUGUUUACUUCUGGAUUCUGCUGUUAAAAAGAGAAACCAAUCAAGCAGUGUCAUCAAUGAUUAUUCAGAUGGAAAAGCCAAAUGCUGCAUCAAGUAACCAAAAAGAUAAGAUUCUCACACCUUGAUGGACUGGAUAUUCUCACCUAAUCUCAAGGACUUUGGUUUCUCUAGCAAAACUCUUUUUCAGUGUCAUCAUCUAUAAAUCUAUAGAACUAUAGAGCAUCAUCAUAUUAUAGCUGUUAGCACAUACUGACUGACUAAAAUGGCUCUAUAAAUGUUAAGACACACACAAAGUGUGCUGUGGACAAUCCAAGCAGUUGGUGAGGACAGUGCAGUGGAAGCCCAGCAAAAGCUUUACUUAUUGAUUUCGUUCCUCAUCAAGAAGGCCUGCACUCAGUAGAUGGGCUCUGCAUGGAUAUUGUGCACAAGUUGACAGAGGGCCUCCUCCAGCUUUUGAGACCACAUCGCUGACCUGAACACUCAGUGAUGGAUCCAUAUACGAGACUGAGUGGAGUAGGAGCUGGAGGUGGUGGCAGUGCUGCCCCGCUACCUUGUACCAGUAGGGGAGGUUCCUGUGGACCCAGAGUUCCCCCUGCCCUCUCAGCAAAUGCAAACUCAAUACCCUGCCUGACACACAACAGCAGCAGCCAGAACUCCUCUACUUUUUCCUCUUCAGUGGACUCCCCAGAUUCCCAUCUUCCUCAACAUCAUGAAGGCAGUAACACGUACUGGACAGCUGUCUUUGAUUAUGAGGCCACAGCGGACGAGGAGUUGACCUUGCGACGUGGCGACCUACUGGAGGUGCUCUCCAAGGACUCAAAAGUGUCUGGAGAUGAGGGCUGGUGGACUGGCAAGAUCCAGGACAAGGUGGGCAUAUUUCCUAGUAAUUAUGUGACCCGACGGGACACCAGCUAUCCAGCGUUGCCUCCGGGAGGUCUGGUCGGUGGGGAGUCGCCACUGGAGAUUGAUUUCUCAGAGCUGUGCUUGGAGGAGGUGAUCGGUGCUGGAGGCUUUGGAAAGGUGUAUAAGGGUGUGUGGCGAGGUGAGGAAGUAGCUGUUAAAGCAGCUCGUCAGGACCCAGAUGAGGACAUCAGUGCUACGGCAGAGAACGUGAGGCAGGAGGCCAGACUCUUCUGGAUGCUCCAACACCGCAACAUCAUUGCCCUCCGAGGUGUUUGCCUGCGAGAGCCAAAUCUUUGCCUGGUUAUGGAAUAUGCCCGUGGCGGGGCACUUAACCGGGCACUUGCUGGGAAGAAGGUGCCUCCUCGGGUACUGGUGAAUUGGGCAGUGCAGAUUGCGACAGGAAUGGACUACUUGCACAACCAGACCUUUGUGCCAAUCAUCCAUCGAGACCUCAAAUCAAGCAACAUUCUGAUUCUGGAGCCUGUGGAGAGAGACGACCUGAGCGGGAAGACUCUGAAGAUCACAGACUUUGGGCUUGCUCGGGAAUGGCAUCGCACCACGAAGAUGAGCGCAGCGGGCACGUAUGCCUGGAUGGCUCCCGAGGUCAUCAAGCUGUCCCUGUUCUCCAAAAGCAGUGAUGUGUGGAGUUUUGGAGUGUUACUCUGGGAGCUGCUGACUGGUGAGGUGCCAUACCGUGAAAUCGAUGCUUUGGCUGUGGCUUAUGGAGUUGCCAUGAACAAGUUGACCCUUCCCAUCCCCUCCACCUGCCCUGAGGCCUUUGCACAGCUGCUGGGAGAGUGUUGGUGUCCUAACCCACAUGGACGUCCUUCUUUUGGAAGUAUCUUGAAAAGGCUGGUGGACAUUGAGCAAUCAGCCAUGUUUCAGAUGCCGCUCGAGUCUUUCCAUUCCCUGCAGGAAGACUGGAGGCUGGAGAUCCAGCAGAUGUUUGAUGAAUUGCGAGCAAAAGAGAAG